CGCGCAUGACCCCAUGAUAUAAAUCCGGGGCAGCUCUAGGCCCGCUGUAGCUUCAGCUCAGCUCAUAUUACAGUUGGAGCUUCAACUUUUAUCUGCUUUCUACCCCGCCCCCGCUUGCUUUUUGCUCUUGCUACUCUACUUUACUCCACAUGCCUUGCUCGUAUAUCGUCGGUGAUAUCAAACCCCUGCAUGCUACGAUAGCCCAUCUUUUUUUUUUUUUAUAAUUUGAGCUUCUUCUUCUUCUUCUCCAUUGCAUCUUUGUAACUCAUCGACUCGAGCUAUUCAAUUCCAUCAUGGCGCCGCAGCUGCUGCAUCUGCCGGAUGGCCAGACCUUCACCGUCACGCCCGUCUUCGCUGGCCUGGGCUUCAAGAGCCACGAGAUGAACAUGCACCCCAAUGCCUUCCCCAUCGGCUGGAACGUCGUCCUACACACCGAAGAAGAAGUAGAAUCACCAUUCGCCGCCGACAACGACGCAGAAGAUCUGCCUGCCUCGGAUCCCUCACGGCCGCCCUCGCCUAAGACUCGAGUACAUCCAUUUAUUCGCCCGACGCUGCAAAACGACACCCUCUUCAUCUCGUCCAUCUCGAACCCGUCCAACUCCGACUUCAAGCCUGCUGCGAGUCCAACGAGGCAGAUUGCCAUGAUGAUGUGGGUGACGCUGUACUGGUACUUUCACCAGCCGCAGCCUCUCCCACAGCUGCACACCGAAGCGGCGAAGGAUACACCGGACAAUGCGAAGCCCAAUGGCGAGUGGAGGAUCAACAUCAAGCGGGAGGGCGUGCUCCGUGGGCGUAACUUGAUUCCCAAGCUAGAGCGCAUGGGCUUAAUUGCUGCUGGCGAUACUUCAUGCGGCAUCGGCCUCGACGACAGCGGCGACGAGUGGGCGCACAUGUAUGUCUCGAGACGCAUGUUCUGGCAGAUCCCCGGCCACCUGUUCCUCUUUACGCUGCAGCCGACUCAAAAGGCCAACUCGUCCGUCCCUGGAUCGCCUGUGAAUAGUCGUCCGAGCUCUCCCGUGCGAGGCGAGUCCUCCUUCACCCACUAUCUGUCCAUUGACGGCCUCACUCGUCUCGAUAGCGACCUGCCGGGCGGGCCUAUGCCGACCAGCGUUCCUCAGACCCCUGCCGUUCCAAUUGGGCCCUUUUACUCGACCUCGCAUCUCCCGACGUACUUUCCUCCUCCUCCGCUGCAGUACACCUUCUCAGACGGCGUUCGACAUCCCGUGCGACCGAAGCCUCAUAGGAUGGGCGAGAUCUUUUACUCACGCUACGUCCCUAGUGUUGGCAAAUACCUGUCAUUCCGCGUUGCUUCCACGUCAACCAAGCCAGUGCCGUAUCUGGGCCCCGUGGGAAGCAGUAACAAUUCCCAGGAGCACGCACACUUGACAGGCAUGACGGACAUUGAGCUUCUGAAGAUGUGGAUGGCGAAGCCCCGCGUAAGCGAAUUCUGGGGCGAAUACAAGCCUGGGUUUUUAGAGGGUGUGCUUAAGCUAAGGCACUCGUUCCCCGUCAUUGCCUCGUGGGAUGGUAUUCCCUUUGGCUACUUUGAGAUUUACUGGGUGAAGGAAGAUAUUCUCGGCCGGCACUUGGCGAAUGUUGCGGGGGACUUUGAUCGUGGGAUACAUGUUUUUGUUGGGGAGGAGUGGGCGAGGGGUCGGGUGCCGCAGUGGUUGACGAGUCUUGUGCAUUGGUGCUUUAUAGCUGAUAACCGGACCAUGAGCGUGUGUCUGGAGCCGCGGGUUGAUAACGAGAGGAUGCUGCGGCAUUUGGAUGAGGCAGGCUUUGGCAAGGAGAGACAGAUUUCGUUUCCGCAUAAACAGUCGUGGUAUGUCAGGCUGUGGCGAGAUACGUGGGAGGGGCCAGCAUUCUGAAGGGGAAGAAGAAAUGUUAUUGUAGAAUGAUUCUGGAGUUAUGAAUGGUAAGAAGCAUGGCAGGAAAUACCCAUAUAAGCUGUUUUUAACUGAAAGAUUGGUGGUGGUGGAGAGAGUAAAGAGUAUGAAAUUUUGUAUAAGUAGUAGCUUUACACUGUAAGACAGAAAACGAAAGAAACAUUGGUUUGUAUUCACGGUUUAAAUCAUUGUUGUUCAUGUUUGGUUCAAUCUUAUUUCAUAUGGAAAUAGCCUAUCCCAUAUACCAGCCGGAAUCAAUCAAUCAACCCACCCUGCGCCUCCCUCAAAUGUUGGAUAUUUUCUAAGGUUAUCUUUU